AUGUUCUUAGUCGUGGUCGACGCCUAUUCCAAGUAUCUUGAGAUUGUCCCAAUGUCUAAUGCUACUUCAACUACCACCAUAACAGCUUUACGACAUAUUUUCAGCAAUUUUGGACUACCUGAACACAUUGUUUCAGAUAAUGGUAGCCAAUUUACCAGUGAGGAGUUUCAGAAAUUUCUGAACGAUAACAAUAUUCAACAUACUACAACCGCUCCAGGACAUCCUGCAACGAAUGGAUUGGCAGAAAGGUAUGUGGGUAAUUUUAAAGAUAAACUAAAGAAAAUGGGGGACUCAGGAGAGCCAUUGCAGACAAAACUAGACCUUUUUUGCUGACGACGUACAGAGCUACCCGUACAGGGUUAGGAAAGUCACAUCAGAGUUGCUAAUGAACAGGCAACCACGGAUCCGAUUGAGUGCGCUUAGGGCGAAGCAAUCGAAAAAUGAGGUCAAAAUAUUUCAAGAUAAUCUAGAUAAUCAACCAAAGUACAGCCAGAAUCAAGCAGUAUUCGCUCGAAAUUUUGGCAAAGGAGCACAAUGGCUCCCAGGGGUUAUAGUAAAGAUAAUUAGUCCUAGAAAUUAUGACGUGAAAGUGGGGGAUGUUAUGUGGAAACGACAUGAAGAGCAAUUGCGUUCACGACACAUACCUAGUUUUGAAAACGCGGAACAAGCGAAGUCCGAGAUGGAACAAAAUUUGUUCCCAGAAACGAAGACAGAAACAAACAAAAGAGAAACAAUUCCUGCACACACGGAGGAUAGGGUACUGUACCUGUAUGGUGGCCCAUCGCUAUCAUGGAUUUUUGCAGAAGUUCAUAUUAUUUUGCAUUGUAAUUAG